AUGAUUCAAAAUGCUUGGAGAUCGCUGUCCCAAGGACUUGUGAACUAUCUAUCAAUCGCAAUAUGUUCAUUAUCUAUCUAUCUAUCUAUCUAUCGACGUAUCUCAGUCUGUUCAUAUCUAUCUAUGUAUUAUAGCAAUAUGCUCAUUAUCUAUCUAUCUAUCUAUCUAUCUAUCUAUCUAUCUAUCUAUCUCAGUCUGUUCAUAUCUAUCUUUAGCAAUAUGUUCAUUAUCUAUCUAUCUAUCUAUCUAUCUAUCUAUCUAUCUAUCUAUCUAUCUCAGUGUGUUCAUAUCCAUCAAUCUUUAGGAAUAUGUUUAUUAUCUAUCUAUCUAUCUAUCUAUCUAUCUAUCUAUCUAUCUAUCUGUCCCAGUCAGUUCAUUAUCUAUCCAUUACAGGCUGUCGAUUAUCUAUCUAUCUAUCUAUCUAUCUAUCUAUCUAUCUAUCUAUCUAUCUAUCAGUCUGUUCAUAUCCAUCAAUCUUUCUAUCUAUCUAUAUCUUUAUCUAUCUAUCUAUCUCGUCCUGUUCAUUAUCUAUCUAUCUAUCUAUCUAUCUAUCUAUCUAUCUAUCUAUUUUGUAUUAUGUUUGUCUCUUCUAUCUAUCUAUCUAUCUAUCUAUGUAUCUAUCUAUCUAUCUAUCUAUCUAUCUAUCUCAUCUGUUCAUAUCUAUCUUUAUAUAUCUUAUCUAUCUAUCUAUCUAUCUAUCUAUCUAUCUAUCUAUCAUCUCUUCCAGUUUGUUGA